AUGAACCGCGACCAGCUCCCCGUGGUGAUCGACAACGGCUCGGGGGUGAUCAAGGCCGGCCUGGCUGGGAUCCGGGAGCCGCAGUCUGUCUAUCCCAAUGUGAUCGGCCGCGCCAAGGGCCAGAAUCUGGCGCCCAAGGGCUCGGAGGAAAUCUUCGUGGGCGACCAGGCGCAGGACAGGCGGAGCUCGCUGUCCAUCAGCUAUCCAGUGGAUCGUGGGCUCAUUACUUCCUGGAAAGACAUGGAGCUCGUGUGGAAGCAUAUCUAUGACCAUGACUUGAAGCUCAAGUCCUGUGAUGGCCCAGUCCUGAUCACAGAGCCAGCACUGAACCCCCUGUUUAACCGGCAACAGACUAGUGAAGUGUUCUUUGAGCAUCUGGAGGUGCCCGCCUUCUAUAUGUCCAUCCAAGGAGUCCUGGCACUGUUUGCUGCAGGCUUCACAACUGGCUUUGUGCUUAACUCGGGUGCGGGAGUCACGCAGUGUGUACCCAUCUUUGAGGGCUACUGUCUCCCUCACAGCGUCCAGCAGCUAAAUCUGGCAGGUUUUGACCUCACCAACUACCUCAUGAUGCUGUUGAAGAAUCAUAAUAUCACCCAGCAUGGUGCUGCAGACAAAAAUGUCAUUGUAGAUAUUAAAGAAAGCCUUUGCUAUGUGGCAACAGACUAUGAGGAGGAGAUAGCCAAGACACCUGAAAGUCUGGAAAAAGCUUACCAGCUGCCUGAUGGGAAGACCGUCAAGCUCCAUGACCAGCUUUGUCGUUGUCCAGAAGCCCUCUUCACGCCACGUCUCGUGAACCUUGAGGCCCCUGGCAUUGAUAAGAUGUGUGUCAACAGCAUCAUGAAAUGUGAUAAUGAUCUGAGGGGUGCCUUCUUUUCCAACAUUGUCCUUUCUGGGGGUUCAACCUCUUUUCUGGGUUUGGAGAAUCGACUAGUCAGGGAGAUAGCAAAGAUGGCACCUGCUAACACUUCUGUGCAGGUAAUAGCUCCCCCAGAAAGAAGAAUGUCUGCGUGGAUGGGAGGUUCCAUUCUUGCGUCUUUAUCUGCCUUCCAGGAUAUGUGGAUCACGGCUGCAGAAUACAAAGAGUACGGACCCAACAUAGUGCACCAAAGAUGCUUCUGA